AUGUUGGAAGAGAAGGAGGAACCAUGCAAUAAGAGACUGUCAAUGGAAGAGGGUCUCGCUGCUGGAAUGGCAUCACUUGCUAAGCUGCGACAGCGCUUACGAAGCGAAGGCGAUGCAGACAAGGUGGAGCCGAGUGCUAAGCGAACUCCACUCAGACCAAUAUCGCCUGUCGCUAGCUCACCAACAUCACUGAAUGUAUUGAAGAGGAAGGGGGAAACUAUUCUGACUCCUUCUUUGGCUCGUCCUUCCCAGAGAUUUACUACAAGUACACCAAAGCAUAGCGGAAUAAUAGCAACACCUCUACAACGGUACCGGACCAUGGACGGUAGUCCUCUUCGUAAGCCAGGUUACUACCUUAGCUUUUUAAAUAUCUUAAAUUUGAUAAAGGAGAAGAUUGUGCGCACACAAAGUUUGAACGCAACGAGAGAGGAAAGCGACGACGACUCAUUUUUGGAUGAUGUGUUUGUGCCCUUCACAGAUCCAAACCAAUUUAUUGAAAUGCUUAAGCAUAAUUCCGCUCAAAAGAGCUAA